CCUAAACUCGAAAGGAUGGCACUCCAUCUCCAUCUCUGCAGCUCGUUUUCAGGCCAGGAACUUGUGUUGGGCCGUCGUUGGAAACACUCCUUCCCCAAGAAGACCACCCAAUCACCCAAUCAAUUGUCGAUAUCGUGUGGAACUUUUCCUUUCUCUAACACCAAGUUCCGCAGGCCUUACACUAGCGUGAUGAUCGUCCCGACGGGUGUUGGAGCUUCCAUUGGUGGAUUUGCUGGCGACGCUCUCCCCGUCGCUCGAACCCUCGCUUCCGUUGUCGAUUGCCUCAUUUCACACCCUAAUGUGCUUAAUGCAGCAAUGCUCUACUGGCCCUUGCCGAAUGUGCUAUACGUGGAAGGUCACGCACUUGAUCGGUUCGCACAAGGGUCUUGGGCACUCCAACCCAUCCACCGAAAUAAGCAGGUGGGUCUGGUGCUUGAUGCUGGAAUAGAGGAGGAGCUACGAAUUCGCCACUUGCAAGUAGCUGAUGCAACAAGGGCUUCCCUUGGAUUGCCUGUUGUGGAGUAUGUUGUCACUGACACACCUCUACAGGUUGAGAAAUGGGUUGAUCAUAGGUCCGGCCAAUCAACGGGAAGGAUUCGGCAUCCUGAUUCACUUUUGAGGGCUGUACAUACUUUAGUCAACCACUCGCAAGUAAAUGCAAUUGCAGUUGUGGGACGCUUUCCAGAUGAUGAUGUCAAAGAGAUGGAAGACUAUCGACAGGGAAAGGGAAUAGACUUAUUGGCAGGAGUUGAGGCAGUUAUAAGUCAUCUAAUCGUGAAGGAAUUCCAGAUCCCUUGUGCACAUGCUCCUGCAUUAUCACCUCUUCCUCUCACUUUAUCUUUGUGCCCAAGAUCAGCUGCUGAGGAGAUAGGGUAUACCUUCUUGCCAUGUGUGCUUGCUGGAUUAUGUAAUGCACCUCAGUAUGUAGCCAAGGAUUCUGGAACCUUGGGGCAAGGAUGCAUAUUAGCAAGUGAUGUUGACAGUGUAGUUAUUCCAAUUGAUGCAUGUGGAGGGGAGGGUACUCUUGCUUUUGCAAGAAGCUUAAGACAUAAGCCACUAAUAAUUGCUGUUGAGGAGAACCAAACAGUCCUUGAUGAUACACCUGAUAAACUUGGGAUCAAGGCGGUCAAGGUCUCAAAUUAUUGGGAGGCUGUAGGAGUCAUUGCAGCUCAUAAGGCAGGGGUAGACCCAAAUUCUUUGCGGAGGAAUGGAAUUAAUAACAUUAGGCUGUCUUCUGUCUCCCCUUGUAAUGGUUAUUUAGCAUCAAAUACAGUAUAAAUUUCUUGAUGACUGUUCUUUUUUUUUUUUUAUACUUUGAUGCUGCCAUUUAUAAUCACGAUUCUUUUUACAUUGUUAGUAAUUGAGAAAUAAAAAGUGUGGUU